AUGCUAAGACGCGUCUUCCAAAGACUCUGCCGGCUCGUCUCUCAUCGCAUCAAACCAGGCACAUACCGCACCCCGCAGACAUCGCCGCAAGAACGCACAGCCUCCAAAAGCCCAAGCCCCCUCCAGCGUGUAAUAAAACCAGCAUGGUAUUUCGACCAACAAAACGCAGCUACUUACAACGCCGCGAUACCUGCUAACCAACUUCCGGACGAAAUCUUGCUAAUGGUCGGCGCCUAUCUCUCGCCGUACACCAAACUCCUAUUGCACCAGACAUCCCAGCGCCUCUCCCAAGUCUUCGCGCAGCGGGCUGGAUUCUUCCCGCUGAAUGAGUUCGACCCCGAGGUUUCACAGUUGGACAAGGUGCAGUUGAUCAAACGUGGAAUGCGUAUAUGCGUGCAGGAUCCUGAGAUUCAGGACCUCGUCAGCAAGCUGUCUGAAGCGAGGAACAGUGACUCGCUGAAGUGGUGGCGCUCAGAGGAGGGCCGCUGCACGCACGGCGAGGUUGGCGGCCCGUCGUGUGUGAGAUGGCACCUGCGGUUAGCGGAUGAGGGAGACUUCACGCCCACGCAGGGGGGGUGGAUAUCGGAUGCGGCGCACAUGACAUGCGAGCAGACGAAGUGGGCUGGGUCAAAGAGAGUGCGAAUCUGCGGCUGUCAGAGUCAGAUCGACGUCUCUAUGCGUAGAGUGCUGGGCACGGAAGUGGAGGAGAUAAAGCAAUGGGUUGAUGUGGUGAGCUAUGAGUGA